CUGGGAUAAAGCGAACGUGCCAUCAAUUUGUCGUCUGACAUACUGUCACCCUUAUUUACAUCAACGGACAGUGAAGGGCUGCACCUCAGUGUCCCCGGCGUUUGGGCUCAGGUUCUUUCCCCUUGUAAACUGCCACCACUUGAGCCAUCUGAAACGAACGGUGGCUUUAAAAAAAGAAACACACUAUCUAGAGUUUGCCGGCUGUGUUGUGUCAGUGUCCCCGGAGUUUGAAACAUUCCCACUGACGGUAUCUCUUCUAUUGGAUGCCAUCAGAACGUCUCUGACGGGAAGAGCUGGGGGGAUAUUAAUGAAUUUGGAACAAUGUGUUAGUCAAAGAGUGAUACAAUAGUGUCUUGUUGUUGCAUGACUAGGAUCACAUGACGAGAGGAUUUAGUCACCAAGCUGAAAAGUGUUAGGUGGGGGGAAAAAAAAGGUGCGAAUUGAAGGCGGUCAGAAUUUUCUCGUCUCGCUCACACAAACGAGCUGGUUAAAGACACGAGACUUGGACGUAUUUUAUGUGUAACUUAUUCGUUAACAAGAGAAUGGCUAAGAUGGCGCCACUGUUGAUCGUAGAGUUAUGUCUCUUGGUUGUGGUGUUUGGUCAGCGGCAGACUUUUGAACCCGUUUCUUUCACGUAAGUUACUUCUGCAAUGGUUAAACAUUUUUGUCUCACUCAUCGGGUUUACUUCAGAUGAUCAGCGAAUGUUUUUUGGUCUAAAGUAAUUGAUAUCUUAUAUCUACAGCCAAGGGCCGGCGCUAGGGGUGAUGGUGAAUGGGGCGUCCGCUCAAGGCCCGAAAUUGUGAGGGCGCCGGGCGAAGCACCCAUACAUUUAAAUAUUAAUGUAAUUAACAUAGCCAGGCCGUGCCUAUUCAUAGCUUGUGAGUUGUAUUUACUAGAAAAAAACACAAUUUUCGGAGGUGCAAGUUAAUCAACUGUUCAGUCUGUUUCUUUCCAGUUUUUAUCUCUUCAAGCAGGCCCGCACCUAGGGGAGAGGGGGGGGACAACCAUGGCACCUGUCAGGGCCCCGAGCUAGAUAGGGACCCCCGAGCUAGAUAGGGACCCCCGAGCUAGAUAGGGACCCCCGAGCUAGAUAGGGACCCCCGAGCUAGAUAGGGACCCCGCAGCUAGAUAGGGACCCCCGAGCUAGAUAGGGACCCCCGAGCUAGAUAGGGACCCCCGAGCUAGAUAGGGACCCCCGAGCUAGAUAGGGACCCGCCCUUUUCGAAUUAAAAAAAAAACCGCACAUGUUUGAAAGUUGAAACACGAAAGGGGCCUGAACUCUGCCAGCAUCCUGGGGUCAAUCAUUUCCUAGGUGCGGGCCUGCUUCAAGUCCAAUCGCGUGAAGACACUUAAGACUAGAGCAGUGCUGUCGCGACAGCGUAGUGUGUCACCUGUAGGGUGUAGGUGAGUGGCGUGAAAGUAAGCGUAACAAGAACAGAGUGGUGCAAAUGGUAAAUGACAUUAUAGCAGACCUCUUCAAAUAAUAAACUUCGCUGAGCAUUUCGGGGCGGCUGAUCAAACCCACAGAAAUUUGUUGACGAUGUUGGGAGCCUCUCGUGUCAAACAACUGCCGAAUCAACUGAGGAAAAUAGGCAAAUCUAAAUUAAAAUUACAACUAACUUGUUGCAUAAAAUUAUAACAUCUUCAUCUUGUUGACAUAUUUGAAUAUUCGAAUGAUGUUAAGAUCAAAGUGCAGCAAAUGUGCUCAAUGGCAAGAAAGACAUUGGGAAAUUGAAAGUGGCUGAUCAUUUGAAAGUUUAUUGCAAAACAGCUGAGUGCGAGCCAAAUAUGAUAAUAAGCUAAUUAUGAUAACGACUGAGUGCCAACUAAAUGUGAAAAUAGAUGAGUGCAGCUGAUAACGACAUGGUUGCGGCAAUUCAAUCCCCAUCCAUCCAAUUUUUUAAAAAGUUUUAGUUAUCCACACAAAAAAAAGUUUAAUUCUUUAGUUCAGGGGUUCUUAACCCGUGGGAUACUUGCCUCUAAAAAAGGGACCAUGGCCUUCAUCUGACUGGCCAUGCGUGCAUUGAAUAAAGAAGAUAAAGAAACCUUGUUCUAGUAGUUAGAAUCGUUUGAAUAAGUUGACUUGAUUCAAACAAAGCAACGCUUACGAGGGGAGUAUGUCCGUUUUUGUUUUUUUUCUUUGAAAUUAAAAAAAAUAAAAUAUUUUUCUCUCUAAAUGCUAUCUUGUUUUGUCCUGUAGAUUACCAUUCCGUCCCGUGCUGGAUGGUGCACUGUCGCCCAACUACGCCCUCUAUAAUGCAGAAAGACUUCACCAGAGCAAGAUCGCUGGACCUACGUCAUUUGCUUUUCUUAAUGGUAAGACAUCAUGAAAUGCUAUGGCAAUUUUUUUUGGUUGUUUUUUUUUACUGAAAAGAUUUUUCAUGACCACACGGUUCGUCCUAAUGGAAACUUGAAGGUGUUGAUGGCGCCAACCUUGUGUCAGCAUUUAUCAGUUUAUAAUUAAAAUUAAAUAUAUAGUAUAAAAAAAAAAAAAAAAAAGAAGAUUUAACGUAAUUUGUCGCAUUUUGGAGGAUUCAGUAUAGAGCGUCUCCAAACAGGACCGCUUUAUUUCUUGGAGUUGUGUAUAUAGAUCUAAUGAGAACCUGCUCAGUACAUGGGCUGUAGCACCACUGAUGAUAUAAUGGAUCUAAUGAGAAACUGCUCAGUACAUGGGCUGUAGCACCACUGAUGAUAUAAUGGAUCUAGUGAGAAACUGCUUAGUACAUGGGCUGUAGCACCACUGAUGAUAUAAUGGAUCUAGUGAGAAACUGCUCAGUACAUGGGCUGUAGCACCACUGAUGAAAUAUAGAACAAACGAAAAUACUGAUGAGUACAUUGGCAAUACAGCCACUUGGAUCUAAUGAGAAACGGCUUAGUACAUGGGCUGUAGCACCACUGAUGAUAUAAUGGAUCUAAUGAGAAACUGCUCAGUACAUGGGCUGUAGCACCACUGAUGAUAUAAUGGAUCUAAUGAGAAACGGCUUAGUACAUGGGCUGUAGCACCACUGAUGAUAUAAUGGAUCUAAUGAGAAACUGCUCAGUACAUGGGCUGUAGCACCACUGAUGAUAUAAUGGAUCUAAUGAGAAACGGCUUAGUACAUGGGCUGUAGCACCACUGAUGAUAUAAUGGAUCUAAUGAGAAACUGCUCAGUACAUGGGCUGUAGCACCACUGAUGAUAUAAUGGAUCUAAUGAGAAACUGCUUAGUACAUGGGCUGUAGCACCACUGAUGAUAUAAUGGAUCUAAUGAGAACCUGCUCAGUACAUGGGCUGUAGCACCACUGAUGAUAUAAUGGAUCUAGUGAGAAACUGCUUAGUACAUGGGCUGUAGCACCACUGAUGAUAUAAUGGAUCUAGUGAGAACCUGCUCAGUACAUGGGCUGUAGCACCACUGAUGAUAUAAUGGAUCUAGUGAGAAACUGCUCAGUACAUGGGCUGUAGCACCACUGAUGAUAUAAUGGAUCUAGUGAGAAACUGCUCAGUACAUGGGCUGUAGCACCACUGAUGAGAUAUGGAUCUAGUGAGAAUAUGUACGUUUGCUGUAGCACAACUGGUGAGAUAUGGAUCUAGUGAGAACAAAUGCACGCAUGUGAUACAACUUAAACAAGCCACAGCAAAAACUUAAAUCAAACGUAACUUUAAAUGUGAUAGUUCGAAAUACAGCCUCAGAAACUGAGUCAGUCUAUUUUAUAUAAGGACGCGCGCGUGAGUCUGUUUUUGCAUGUUUUUGUAUGUUUGUGUAUGUUAAUUAUGUGAGGUUUGUAUGUGAGUUUGUAUUUGAGUUUGUAUGUGUGUGUUUUUGUGUAUGUGUGUGUGUGUGUGUGUGUUUGUGUAUGUGUGUGGGUGUGUUUUUUGACGGAAUAUUGAACACACUACUUUUUACAUUCCUCAUUGCGCCCGGUGUAAAUCAAUCAUGACUCUAGGCGUCUGAUAGUGCACAUGGCACUAUGAAUGACCUCUGAACUCGAGUUAUUCAUCUCUAAGAAAUAGCACCGUGACCCAAAAUAUAACAAUUGUAUUUUGUGUAAUUUAAAUUAGGGGGCAACCAACCCUCAUUCACUCUCUUUACCCCCCCCCCCAGUUUUUCCAAAGCAACGCACCAUGUUAAAUAAGUGUGGUAUAAAUAACACCUGGCUGUCAGAAUAAAGUAGACAGGUGAGACGUCAUGGUGGCGACGCCAUUUUGUUUCACCAGUGACAGUUCUCUCUUUCCUUCUCCAGGCCCCCCCCCCCCCAGUCCACAGAACUUCAUGUCCCCUCUUUUCUUCUGUGUGUACACAUAGGGACUUCAUGUCCCCUCUUUUCCUCUGUGUGUACACAUUCAUCAAAGUACACGUACAUGUGUACAUGCCCGCUAUAAAUAACUAUACUCCAUCACUAAAGAGUAUAAAAAACUAGGACACAGGUUUCUGGGCGGUUUGGGGGGGGGGGGAAUCAACAGACGACUCCAUUUAUUGUCUCCAUCCCAACUGGUCGCCUGCAGUCAUGGCUCGGUCGUCAACCCCCCCCCACACACACACCUUUUUCUUUCUUGAGAAAAUCCUUGCUACGCCUCUGAUUGUUUAAUUUAUUAGUCAAUGUUAAGAGACCCCAACAGUCAUGUCUUCUGUCGUCAACUAUAAAUCAUUUUUAAAAUCUUACUACGCCGAAGUCCACUAACUCUUCUUACACUCUAAUGGGACUCGGCCAAACAAGGCUGCGUCAACCGAAAUGUUGGAUUGUUUUGUUGAUACUUAAGUGUUUGCUAAUUGGCUUCCAUGUUUUUAAUCUGUUUACGUCACAUGUUGUUUAUGCCCCUUUCCCCCCUUGUUAUCUUCCACGAGUCUCAACUAGUUGGUUGAUCUCAGGCGUAGUUGUGAGCAAACAAAUUAACUUAACACAACAAGUCUAAUUCAACCUCAAGAACCCCCCCCCCCCCCCGGGGAGGGUUGGGGGUUGGGGAGAAUGAAUACAGAGUCAAUAUCACGUGGUCUCGUGCUACAAUCACUUACAUUACUUUCCAAUAAAUGAAACAAUAAAUGACUAAAAAAAUAUACCAAAAAAACAUUACAAAGAAAUUGCUAUACAAAAAGAGGAAAUUAGGCAGCCACGGCCACACAAAAAAAUACUACAUGGAAAUUACUAUACAAAGAGGAACAUUAUAAGGCACAGCCAUACAAAUAGGGCAUUAUAAGACCAUAUUCAAAAAGACCUGCACCUACUUAUCAUUUCCUGAUGUGUCCUAUUAAUAUUGUCUUGGCUUAUCUCCUGUUUAUGCGGUUAUUUCCUCACCUCUUUGUUGUUUGGACACUUGUUGUGUCGCUAACAGGUGAACACGUCUACGUCACCUUCCUGCUUAUUUGUAGUCUACUGUGUAAACAACAAAGAAAAUAUAAACCACAACUCUGAACAUGAAUGCAUAAUUAAAGAGAUAUAGCGCAACUCUAAACAUGAAUGCAUAAUUAAAGAGAUAUAACGCAACUCUAAACAUGAAUGCCUGAUUAAAGAGAUGUAGCGUAACUCUGAACAUGAAUGCAUAAUUAAAGAGAUGUAGCGUAACUCUGAACAUGAAUGCCUGAUUAAAGAGAUGUAGCGUAACUCUGAACAUGAAUGCAUAAUUAAAGAGAUGUAGCGUAACUCUGAACAUGAAUGCAUACUUAAAGAGAUGUAGCGUAACUCUGAACAUGAAUGCCUGAUUAAAGAGAUGUAGCGUAACUCUGAACAUGAAUGCAUAAUUAAAGAGAUAUAGCGUAACUCUAAACAUGAAUGCAUAAUUAAAGAGAUAUAGCGUAACUCUAAACAUGAAUGCCUGAUUAAAGAGAUAUAGCGUAACUAUAAACAUGAAUGCCUGAUUAAAGAGAUAUAGCGUAACUCUGAACAUGAAUGCAUAAUUAAAGAGAUAUAGCGUAACUCUAAACAUGAAUGCAUAAUUAAAGAGAUAUAGUGCAACUCUAAACAUGAAUGCAUAAUUAAAGAGAUAUAGCGUAACUCUGAACAUGAAUGCAUAAUUAAAGAGAUAUAGCGUAACUCUAAACAUGAAUGCAUAAUUAAAGAGAUAUAGCGUAACUCUGAACAUGAAUGCAUAAUUAAAGAGAUAUAACGUAACUCUAAACAUGAAUGCAUAAUUAAAGAGAUAUAGCGUAACUCUAAACAUGAAUGCCUGAUUAAAGAGAUGUAGCGUAACUCUGAACAUGAAUGCAUAAUUAAAGAGAUAUAGCGUAACUCUGAACAUGAAUGCAUAAUUAAAGAGAUAUAACGUAACUCUAAACAUGAAUGCAUAAUUAAAGAGAUAUAGAGUAACUCUAAACAUGAAUGCCUGAUUAAGGAGAUAUAACGUAACUCUAAACAUGAAUGCAUAAUUAAAGAGAUAUAGCGUAACUCUAAACAUGAAUGCCUGAUUAAAGAGAUAUAACGUAACUCUGAACAUGAAUGCCUGAUUAAAGAGAUAUAGCGUAACUCUAAACAUGAAUGCCUGAUUAAAGACAUGUGGCGUAACUCUAAACAUGAAUGCCUGAUUAAAGAGAUAUAACGUAACCCUUAACAUGAAUGCCUGAUCAAAGAGAUAUAGCGUAACUCUAAACAUGAAUGCCUGAUUAAAGAGAUGUAGCCUAACCCUAAACAUGAAUGCCUGAUUAAAGAGAUGUAGCGUAACUCUAAACAUGAAUGCCUGAUUAAAGAGAUAUAGCGCAACUCUAAAUGAAUGCCUAAUUAACGAGGCAUUUAUAACUAAAUAAGAGCGGUGCUUCUCAACAUUUUCUCUAACCUGCACCCUCGUGCGAAUUAUAUAGUCUUGUAAAAUUUCUUUAUUGGUUAAAACGCACACUUGUUUGAGACUUGAAUAUAUUAUAAUAUAAAGACUAUUCUAACAUUAUUAUUGGCCCACAUACCAAAAGUUGGAUGUUAAGACGAAUCUUUGUUUAAAUGGAGGUGGAAUUCUUUAAGCGAUCUGUUUUGUUCGCCCAUUCAAGGAAAUUAAAUCACUAGAAUAAAUCACCCGAUGUUAUCGGGAUAAUAAUGGCAGACACUUUAGGCUAAUUUCCACUUGAUAUUGCGAAAACUCAUCACAAUUCCGUAUUUAAAAAAAAAAAAAAGUAUCUAUGUAAUGAUGUUUACGUUUCUAACAUCAUUAAAAGUUUUAGAAGUAUUUUCUAUUUAUUAUUCGCCUGUCCUACCCCUUUUCGCGCCCCUAAACUCCAUUUGUUUUUGUUUAAAUAUGACCUUAGAUUACCACAUUGAAAUGAUCACUAAUUGAACUAUUUUUGUCACCAAAGGAGUUCUUGGAUGGGUGAUUUCUACGCUUGCGAAAUACUUCAGAUGUCAUGUGUUUUUAAAAUUUUAAAUGUUGGGCCCAACCUACCACUUUUCUUGCCCCUAAACUAUUUCCCCCCCCCCUCUAUAAAUGGUGAAAACUUAAUCUUAAAUUUACAACAAAAACUAUAUAUUACCAUUUAAACUAAAUUUGAUAUUAAUGGAAUAUGAUAUACUGAUAUCUUCAUUAAAAAUUUAACCAAGCAUUUGCCUUUUUUUUUUUUGUAUGAUUUUGUCGUUAAAUCUGAAAUUAAAUUAUACUGAUAUCUUCAUUAAAAAUUUAACCAAGCAUUUGCCUUUUUUUUUUUUUUUACUAUAUUAUCGGAAAAUUGUAAAACAAAGAAUUCUUUUAUCUAAAGAAGAAUCCCGUAACCGUAUUUCUCGUUUGUGAGCGCCUUGAUAGGAUAAGACAAGAUUCUUUCAUUGAUCAAAACAAAUGGAAAUGUUUUAUGAUUGGAUUAUACAUUUUCAGCAUAUCAGUAAAACAAUUUGAACACAAGAAAUUUAUAAUCAAUUAUUUCAAACAGCCAUUCAGUGAGUUCUCUUAGCCAAAUCGGGGACUUAUUAGUUCUCAUUAAGAUGUGUGACUUCAGAGGGAGCACGCUGGUGAAUUCGAACAGAUUGGGGAACAAAAGAAUUUUUAUAUCUGCCAGUCCUUGCCCUGAUGGAAAGAAUUCGUCCCGAACAGCCCGAUCCUAACUGUGACGAAGAGAAUGGGAUGUAUCAUCCAAAAUGUGUUUAGUUUUACAAAAACAUCUUUCUUCAAAUAGUUCUUCAAGUGAAGGAUGUUUAGUUUGUGUUAUGUUCCUAGCUUUCUUGAUUAGUCGGUUUAUGCGGUGUUUAAUAUCAGACGUUGAAUUCCCACACCAGCAGGUAAUACUGAAAUUAAGCAGGCUUGCAAUUGUUGCACUGUAGAAUAAGUUAACGACUUGCUUGUUUACGCCGAAAUUGUACAGUUUUUUGAGGUAGAACAGUCUUAAGUUGAAUUCCUUAUACAGGAUUUGGCCUUGCUCAUGCCAUGUUAGCUUAUUAUUAAUGGUGACACCUAAGUACUUGUAUGCUUCCACUGUCUCUACUCUUUGAUUUUUUAUGUUGAGAUCUGUAAUCAGGUGUUUCCCCCUCCUGAAAUCAACAACCAUUUCCUUUGUUUUUGAGACAUUCAGCUGGAGAAAAUUUUCAUCGCACUAAUUGAUAAAGCUUGUAACUAAAUUGCGGUAUAGGCCUUCUCCUUCAGACAUUAAGCCAAUAAUUGUGAUAUCAUCAGCAAAUUUUAAGAUUGGAACGGUGUCGCUUGAACUUUGAAUAUCAUUGGUGUAUAUUGUAUGCAGUAGAGGGGAGAGAACACAGCCUUGUGGUGCCCGGUGCUUAUUUCUCUGGUUAGAGAUAAUUGGUUAUUUACUUUGACAUAUUGUGGUCGAUUUGUUAAAAAGUUCAGUAUCCAUUCCUGAAUAUUUAAAUUGACCCCUAACGAGGAAAGUUUCUUUAUCAUAAGCUGUGAUUGGACAGUGUUAAAUGCUGAUGAGAAGUCUAAGAAAAGCAUUCUGGCAUUUGAGUAUAAUUUUUUACAGAAAUGUUAUCAAUCUCAUAACAAUAUACACCCAUUUUACUUUUCGCAAAGUAAAAACAAACACAUAUUUUCAUUUUUUGAAAGAAAAUCUUAGCUCAUCUCCAAUUUUCAAAAUUAAACUUUCUCGUGUUUAAAAUGAUUGGGUUUUGACAUUCAUGGGUAAACAUACGUAAAUGUACGUGUUGUUAACGCCAUUGAUUUUCUUAUGGCCAAACAUAUGUUUAUUUGUAAAAAGAGAAUGUAACAUCUCUUUUUCACAACUGUAAUAUCAUUGAAUUUAAAGAUAUUGUCAUCAUCGUAAAAAUGUACACAUCCUAUUUCCUACCCCCGAUAUGUAUGUAACUAAGAAGGUUAAUUAUUUAUCAAAUUCAUUCCUUUAUUCUGAGGCGUAUCUUGUGCUACCUGGGGCUAAAUGUAAGUAUCGAACCCCCCCCCCCUUUCCCCCACUUAGAUUUUAAUACGUUUUUUAAAAGGUCAUCCACGGGAUUGUAGUCCUCUACGUACGCAAACACACGUUUUGUUUAGCACUCCAUAUGGUUUGUUCUUAUAUGGAUGAGUGAUAAGUGGAUUAGUCAAUGCUAUUUGGCUAUGGAGUUUUGCUGCACUGAUUGACCUAGACGGUAUUUUCUUAUUAAAAGUAAGUUUCAAGGUUACGCUUUUAUUACUUUAUAGAUUUAAUAAAAGUCUAUUUUUGGAAUGGAAAAAAAAAGUAAAAAACUCAUUAAAUGCUAAAAGUACAAAGCUAAAGUUUGUGUGUUUUAUUGAUCAAUUACAGUUAUUAAUUUUACUUAAAUGAAGGGGAAAAUAAAUCAUCAGUUUUGGCACGCACGGUUAUUCCAUCAAAGAAACUUCGAGCUUUCACUAAUAAAGUUCAAUACUCUAGGAGGUCGAGAUUCUAUCUCUUAGGACCUCGGCCAUGAAACAUGUCCUAGUAGUCCCUGGGGACUCCGGCCAUGCAACACGGUCUCGAGUAAAAGGAGUGCUGGGCAGUUUGCUUCCACUCAUGAGGGGACAGCUUUGCGUCACAACCCCCCUUGCCCAAUGAGUCUUGCGGUCUGGACGUUGGGCGGGAACGGCUUUGCUUCCUCUCCGGGGAUGGUGUUGCGUUGCCUCCCCCACCGCCCAGGGAGCCGUACGUUCCUUGGUGUGGCACGGCUUUACCUCCACUCCGGGAGUAGUCUCGAGCUUAGCUUUCUCCCACCGUUCCUGGGAGUUGUGUGAACGUGGGUCAGAACGGCUUUGCUUCCUCUCUGGGGAGGUGUUGCGUUACCUCACCCCACCGUUCGGGGAGUGGUUCGGUCGGGACUGUGUCGGGACGAAACGGUCACCUAGGAGCGGCUUUCUCAAGGCCGCAUGUUUUUAAUCCUCAGCGAGGUUUUUUUUAAAGAAACCCAAGCCUCAUAUUCAUUAUCGGUGACACGUCAUCAUGUUAGCGCGCAACUUCCGUUGCGUGGGAAGUCAUGCGUUUGACCGGAAUAUUUUAGCUUCAGGCACGCACGCACGCACGCACACACACACAUGCAUGCACGCACGCACACGCACACACACACAUAAAUGAAUUCAUAAAAAAAGCUUCAAAAGUUUUGCCUACGUAAAUUACACGUAAUAUUAUAGACAAAAUAGACGAACAAUAAUUUACUGGGGCGGAAAAUUCUACUCCUAAAAAAACUAUUGCUUAACACCCGCUAAAUCAUGUGAUAGUAUGACGGGGAUCACCUGGAAUAUGUCGUCACAAGUCGCAAGACACCGUGUCUAUGUUUGUAGGUCAUGUGUCCACCAUAAAAGAGUUAAGCAUGCUACAUUGAGGUGAGAGGUCACUCAUAAAACUUAUUUAAGCCUCGUAAAAAGUGCCGUAAAUGAAACGUGAAGGAAUUUCCAAGGCGUAGUUAUGCCCCCUGUCAGUUGAUUUAGUGACAACAAAUGUGAAUACACGAACCAGAGGUUCUUGAACUGUACACAAGUCACUAACUGUCAUGGUGUUUCUAAUAUCUCGUUACUUGGGGUUGUUGUUCGUCCGUCGAGGAUCGACGAUGACCAUCUAGUCGUCCGGUGACUGAUGACUUGCGCUAGUGCCUUUUGUUUAAAGUGAGGAAGAGUUGCGCGGCGUCAACCUCACUCUCUCGUCCGGGCCCACCAUAUCCAGUGGCAAGACUCUACGUCAAGACGACCAGGGAUGGGUACGGUUGCAGGAAUUGUCAUUGCGCGUUACUGGACUCCAACUCCGGGUUUGAAUUCAGAGUUUCCUUCUCUUAGAUGAGUUGCCGACCAAGGUUAACUAGUCUCAUCCACCCGGGGUGAUGUUUUAGACCAUUCGGCCACCCAGUCACCCAUGCAGUGAAUGACCAUGGCGUUCUACGUAUCUGGCCAUGCUCUCAGCGAUUCACACCACGGUGCUGUCUCCGCCUUUUGUCCGUUGACCAAGUAGUGGUUCUUCCGCACAAUUUGCCGGAUUUAGGCUUUACAUGCUAUAGGGGACAACCCCUUUUUUCCGAAAGUUCUAUGCCUUUCGGUUACCCUCAACCUGGAAUCGUUGUCUGGGUUGUGGUCACUGUGCAUGUUACAGCUUCUCGGAACUACAGGUGAGAGCUGAGUACAGAGACUUCCGUCUGUUUCCGAACAAGAUGGCUUCUUCCUAUUCAGCCUAACAGUAGAUCUAUAUUGUAGUUGUAAUUUCUCUCAUUCUCCGCUACUUGGGGUAUACAUUAUUUUACAGCAUAUAAUUUUAAUGUUCGUAAAUAAUAGGUUUUUAGGACUUCAACUAAAACAAAUUGUGGACUAUUUUUAGAGAAAAAAAAAAGGUAAGCUAUCUUUAAGUAAACAAAUUGUAGGCUAUAUUUAGUAAACAAAAUGUAAGCUGUUUUUCAGCUUUAAAAAAUUAAGGCUAUAUUUGAGUAAACAAAAUGUAAGCUGUUUUUCAGCUUUAAAAAAUUAAGGCUAUAUUUGAGUAAACAAAAUGUAAGCUGUUUUUCAGCUUUAAAAAAUUAAGGCUAUAUUUGAGUAAACAAAAUGUAAGCUGUUUUUCAGCUUUAAAAAAAUAAGGCUAUAUUUAGUAAACAAAAUGUAAGCUGUUUUUCAGCUUUAAAAAAUUAAGGCUAUAUUUGAGUAAACAAAAUGUAAGCUGUUUUUCAGCUUUAAAAAAAUAAGGCUAUAUUUAGUAAACAAAAUGUAAGCUGUUUUUCAGCUUUAAAAAAUUAAGGCUAUAUUUGAGUAAACAAAAUGUAGGCCAUACUUGAAUAAAGAAAAAGUAGGCAUUAUUUGAGUAAAGAGCAUUUUAGGUCCAUAAUCUGGGAGUUUGGUGACGGGGCAGGUGUAUGCUAGACAUUUCUGCUCGCAAAUCAGACGAAGACGAUGAAUGCUACCAGAACAUGACAGUAACAUAGCAACAUAACAGCACGGUGUUUUAUACCAUAUAUACAAUGUACAGUUUCAUGAAGAAUUUGUCAUGUCAACAGGCUGAAAAUGAAAAAAAAAGACACAGACGUUGACUAGCAUCACCCCAAAAAAUGAUCUCAUCAAGAAAUGAUGUGUCUUUAAUCACCAAGCGUGUAAUAUUGUUGUUGGUGAUGUUUGCUCUUAGUGGCGUAUUUUAAUCAUGCUCGAAGUGCAGGCCUGCACAACUCAACAUUUAUGGCGGGCCGUAAUACCUUAUGGAGAACUUGUGCGGGACGAAAGAAAAUAGGACCGGAAAAAAGGAGGGGGGGGGGGGGCUAGUAAGGAAAUAAUAAUAAUAAUAAAAAAAAUGUUGUAGGUUCGUUACUUUACGGACCGCAAAGAGGGUUCUGGCGGGCCGUACGCUGUGCGGGCCUGUCGUAGUGGAUUGUCUGCCGUCUCGCGGAAAAGGAUGGGCUGGGGCGUGUCAAUAGCCGAGGGUGCUGGGGCGUGUCAAUAGCCGAGGGUGCUGGGGCGUGUCAAUAGCCGAGGAUGCUGGGGCGUGUCAAUAGCCGAGGGUGCUGGGGCGUGUCUAUAGCUGAGCGCUUUGUGCUCGCAGCUUGUUUUUAAAUUACUUGGCAUUAGCAAAUUUACAUAUGGCUUAUUGACAUAUGGCUUUUUGACAUAUGGCUUAUCUGUUUGAAGUCUAAACUUUUCAAAAAGGUCCUUUUUAACUUAUACUUUCACACAGCCCAGAAAGUUUAUACUUGACGCACAGACUUUAUUUCUCUCAUCAUUAUCAUCUGCCAUACUUUGGUGGAACUACAGGUCAACUGAAUAGUUUUGUAGUUCAAAGAGUUUUACAAACAUAUUUCAUUAAGUAUUCAAUACCAUUUCUUACAUGCAAUAUUGAUGCAGUAGUUGAUUAAAGGAUUGAAAGAAUGAUGCUAUAGUUGAUGCAGUAAUUGAAUGGAUGUAUGUCUAAUGAAAUAGUUGCUUUAAUGAUGCCAUGUUUGACUGAAUUUUCGGUGGAAUGACUGAUUGAAUUACCGAUUGGUGGCACGCAGCCGAAAGCGUACGUAACCUAUUGUUGUGACAGAAUGCAGUUUAAUAUCGUGGUGUUAAAAAAAAGGGGGAGGGGGCUGGGGGAUUGGGUAAAAUUGGGGUUAGCUGUUAAUUUAAAAUCGAGGUGUAAAUAAAAUAAUUGAACUACCUGAUGAUUGGUAACCUGGUACUGCGAGGCGACCAACAGGGCAGGGCAAUGUAGCAUUCUGUUGUGACAAAAGAAAGCCACGCACCUGUAGGUCGACCUCCUUGUUUGUUCAAAAGCGCUAACUCGUCACCAACCACCGGCAUGAAUUUGUUAUUAUGUUGUUUAUUUGCGAAGGUCGGGAAAAUAUAUCUGUAUUUAGACCGUGAAAACAACGAAUAAUUUAAAGGUAUUUGUACGACGCUAGCUCACAUCUUCUGAUGUGAUUUCAUUGUUUCAUUGACUACUGCGGUGUAAGACUAAAAACACCGAGUCAUCCUAGGGAUGUGUGGUGGACAAAUUACGACAUCUUUUAAGGCCACUGUAAUGGGUCUGAUUUGUUUUAAAUUUACAUUAAGUAAUGGAUGAAAAACUUGAUACAUUUACUUAUUUACAAAUUGUGGAAACUACGGGCUCGCAAAGAUGAUGGGUUGUAUUCAAUUAUGUAAUGGUAAUCUGCUUCUUCUUUGUUUCUUUAAGUUAGGGAACAAUUGUCACGUUAUUUUGAUUGUCAGCUAACGACACACAUUUUUAAAUACUUUGUUUAUAGAACUAAAUAUUUACUGCGAUUCUGUCCGCCACCUCCACCCACAAACCCCCCCCCUCCCCCGAGCAUGACAUCAUCUCAACAUUGUUAAAACAUUUUUCAAAGGUUCAAUUCAAUAAUUUAUUUGUCAAUAUGAAAUUAACGAAUAUGUGAAUAUAAAAUACUUAUUAUGUUUAUCAAGAAGGCGCUGAAAACAAGCUUUGAAAUUUAAGUCAAUUCAAUCUUGUGAAAUUAAAUUAUUUUACAAAAGCUAAAGCUGUUUUGUUAUCUAAGAAUUGGGGUUGAGAUUUUUAAAAAUAUUUCGUUUGAGAAGUAUUUCUGGCGAACAGGUCUCCAGCUUGUUUGAAACAUUUCUUCGGCAACGAUAUUAUCAACAUUCCUUUGAACACAUCUAACUCUUGAGUAACAUGGAACACACUUUCAGCAGUGGCAAAUAAUUUUUUUUUAUCAAUGGCAUAUUUUUAAAGGCAAACCAACUCCAUUUUAGGCCACUUUGAAAACUUGGAAUAAGAUCAGCUGUUUGUGAUAAUGGCUGUGAGCUGACAUCUAUCGGAGCCAUCGGGUAUUUAGCUCCUGAAAUUUCAUUUUUAGGAGCAAACGUGUUCAUUUACACCGUUUCAAUUUACACAGUCCACACAAUGUUCAUCUUUACACUGUUUCAAUUUGCACAGUCCACACAAUGUUCAUCUUUACACUGUUUCAAUUUACACAGACCACACAAUGUUCAUCUUUACACUGUUUCAAUUUACACAGUCCACACAAUGUUCAUCUUUACACUGUUUCAAUUUACACAGUCCACACAAUGUUCAUUUUUACACUGUUUCAAUUUACACGACCCAUAAAAAGUUCAUGUUUACAAUGCUUCUAUUAACACAGCCCAAACCAAGUUCAUAUUAACACUUUCAAUUUACACAGCCCAUAAAAAGUUCAUAUGGACACUCUUUUAAUUUACACAGCACAUACGAGGCGCUAAGCUUGUGCCCAGUUCCAAUUUAAAUUGAACGGUCAAGUUGGGAAGAAGGAAUAGCAAUUGAGUACAAUGACCAUGUACAUAUUUACACAUAAUAGUACCGAACAUGAUUUAAACGUUGAAGUAUGGGUACGGUACGCAUAUUGUAUUAGAGGCUUUCUUUCUCACCCAGGAAAUGUGUACACGUUGACAGCGGACAGAAAAAUUGUGAACAUCGCCACGUGUGUGCCAAAAAUUGUAGCCAACCUCUCCCCACCUGGAUGCUGUACGUACCUUUUGAGAACCAUUUCAUUUUUCAUUUUUACGUUGGGGGAAAAUCUAUGAAUGAUUGAAGCUGUUACAUACACUUGGAAUGUUGAAAUCUUCCUUUUUUAAAAGAAUAUAAAUUAGCACAAGACACGGGGGGAAAAAAAGUUGUUAAAAAAAUUAAAUGUUUCUUCCAUUUAUGUACUUAGCUAACAACUAUUGGGAUAGCACUGAGUAACUCAGUUGUAGAAAAUAAAGCUUUAUUUAAAAAAAAAAGAAAAUAUAGAAGAUAAACAGGAUACAUUAUGACGUCAUUCCUUCAUUCGUUUAGUCUGUGUUUUUUUUUUCUUCUAUCCACCGUGACUGUGGCAUAAAAUCUAAGGGUCAUUCAGUUGAAAGCAUUUAACUUCUCUCCUUAGCAACCCCCGCCCAGUGUGGUGUUCUGAUGGACAUCAAAGUGGACAACAACGGUCUUUUGGUGGUUGUGGACGCGUACAGGGGUGUGUUCAGGGUCAAUCCACUCACAGGUGAGUUGAUCGGGGUUAAUCCACUUCCAGGUGAGUUGAUCGGGGUUAAUCCACUCACAGGUGAGUUGAUCGGGGUUAAUCCACUCACAGGUGAGUUGAUCGGGGUUAACCCACUCACAGGUGAGUUGAUCGGGGUUAAUCCACUCACAGGGGAGUUGAUCGGGGUUAAUCCACUUCCAGGUGAGUUGAUCGGGGUUAAUCCACUCACAGGGGAGUUGAUCGGGGUUAAUCCACUCACAGGGGAGUUGAUCGGGGUUAAUCAACUCACAGGUGAGUUGAUCGGGGUUAAUCCACUUCCAGGUGAGUUGAUCGGGGUUAAUCCACUUCCAGGUGAGUUGAUCGGGGUCAAUCCACUUACAGGUGAGUGAUCGGGGUCAAUCCACUUACAGGUGAGUGAUCGGGGUCAAUCAAAUCAAGGCUAACUAAUAUAACUCAAUUCAUUCCAUAAGAAGAGUAAAGCAAGGGCCACGCAGCUCAGAAAAUGUAAAAAUCAUAACGCAGGAGAGUGAUCAGGUCAAUCCAGUAACAGUUCAGUGAUCGGGAUCAAUCCAGUUACAGAUGAGUGAUCGGGGUCAAUCCAGGCACAGAUGAGUGAUCGGGGUCAAUCCAGUUACAGAUAAGUGUUCGGGUUCAAUCCAGUUACAGUUGAGUGAUCGGGGUCAAUCCAGUUACAGUUGAGUGAUCGGGGUCAAUCCAGUUACGGAUGAGUGAGCGUGGUCAUUCUAGUAACGGCUGAUUGCUGAGAUCCGAAUGUGGCUGAAUGAGACCGUUGCAAUGAAAAUAAAAAAUUGUAAAAAGCGCCCAUGAAAAUAAUUCAUUGUAUAUCGAUGACGUCAGAGAGCAUCAGAAACAGGUGCAUGGAAACGCGUCUAAACGUUUCCAGUUUUAAAAAUUCAGAACGUGCUCCAAAUUUUAUGAAUGUGCUACUAAUUUUAUGAAUGUGUAACACAACUACUCUGACAUGGCGUGGGAUCUUAUUUCUUAUGCUGUGGGUUAUGUCAGUAGUAUGGUUACUUAUGUUAUGUUGAUAUUUCAGGAUGCCGACUAAGGCUUCUUCAUUCUUCCACUUAUAAUCCGGGCACGCAAAUAAGAAUACUGAAUCCUGGUUAAACUUACAGUACUUUAUUGAACACACUUUAUAUUGAUAAUAUUAAUAAAUAAUCCUUGCAUGAAUGUAAUUUCACAUAUAUAUCUAUAGUAUUCCAUCAUUAAGAAAGACAAGUCCUCAUACUAAACUGUCAACUCAGCUCAACUCUCUAAUCACACAGCUCUCACGCUACUGACUCUACUGCUCUGCGCUCAGCUCUCACUAUCUCAGUCAACUCAUACUUUAUUACCAGCAAAGCGUGCAAAACAACCGCUCUGACAAAAACAUAAUUUUACUCUCCAAAAACGUGGAGCUCACAUUUGUAUCUCAAAAUACAAUUCAUUGUCCUCGUGGACAAAAACAUGGUCAACACCAUUCAUUGUUCACUCAUGCUACCUCUCUGUUUUCAUGUGAAAACAUUGUCCGUUACAGAAUGUGCUACUAAUUUUAUGAAUGUGCUACUAAUUUUAUUCCUAAUUUUAUGAAUGUGCUCCUAAUUUUAUGAAUGUGCUACUAAUUUUAUGAAUGUGCUCCUUAUAUCAUGAAUAUGCUACUAAUAUUAUGUAUGUGCUCCUAAUUUUAUGAAUGUGCUCCUAAUUUUAUGAAUGUGCUCCUAAUUUUAUGAAUGUGCUACUAAUUUUAUGUACGUGCUCCUAAUUUUAUGAAUGUACUCCUUAUUUUAUGAAUGUGCUGCCUAUAUUAUGAAUGUGCUGCUUUUAUUAUGAAUGUGCUCCUUAUUAAUUAAAAUUAAUUGAAACAACAACAUUUGGCGUUACCGUUUAUCAUGCGAUAACUGUAUCCUGAAUAAAUUAGUUAUCCUUAUUGAUCCCAUGCCCGUUGUACAUGUCAUCUCAAACAUGCCCUAAUUUGUGCAUCAUUUAGGGGCCGUUGAGCAGCUCUACGCGUCCACCACACCUGUAGGGGGACGGACACCGAGAUUCCUCAACGGUUUGGUUCUGACGCCAGACGGAGCAAUCGUCCUGAGUGACUCCAGCGACAAGUAUGACGCUGCUAACGAUAUUUAUGCACUGAUGGAGGGGAGACCGAGUGGCAGGUAUACGGCAAUUUUGUGUGGUGCGUUUGCCAGGCAAGAAGACAUGCCUACAUUGUUACACAAAGGCAAAGAUGAACUUUUGCUUUUCAAACCCAGAGAAACAUUUAAAAAAAAAAAAUGAUAUACUGUAUAAAGCUGAUUUUUUUUUUUUUACUUUUUCAUCGCGAUUCAGGCUAGCUUUUUUAAAAAAAAAAAAUAUUUUUUAAAAAAACANUUAGUCGGUUUAUCACAGCACAAGUUACUGUUCGGUUUAUGUUUACAGGCACGCUGUUACUGUGCGAAUAUUUCUCGGGCAAUAAAACAAGUUGUGCAAGAGUUUUCUUCCGAUCUCUGUGGAUUUACCAGAAACACACGAAUAAGGUAAUGUUAUCAUUUGAUUUUUUUUUCUUUCUUUUUUUGAAAACUCUGACCAUAGUUAUCAUCAAAACGCAAGUACAUAGCCACCACAAUACAUGUGUGUUUGCCCACCUUCCCUAGCUAUCAAAGCUUGUCUUUGAGCAAUAGAUAAAGAAAGGGUUUUGUUGUUGUUUUUUUUUUACUUUCAUUAACUGUCUUAAAGUUUAUGUUAAGUCCUGCUUAUGUUAUAUAUGUAACAUACGUAUAUAUAUAUAUAUAUAUGUAUAUAUGUUUAUAUAUAAUAUAUUAUAAUAAGAAAAGAAACUCUUCUGUUUCGUACAGGAACAUAUUAUUAUUUUUUUUCCCAAUAAAGAGUUUCAGUAGUUCAGUAGUUACGAUUGGAAACAUUAAAAAGUUGAAAUACUUAAAAUGAAAUUAGCAUUUGUAAAUGUACUAAUUUUUUUUUUGUAUACACUUCUAUAUUAAAAACAAACAACAUAAGCUUGGCUAUUCGUCAGAUAUUAUAGACUAUGAAUGUUUUAUUAUUUAAAAGUUAGUUUAACAAAAACGUUGGUCUGUGUUCCCCAGUAUAAGUUUGACCUAUGUUUUCCAGUAUAAAUUUGACCUAUGUUCCCCAGUAUAAGUUUGGCCUAAGUUCCCCAGUUUAAGUUUGGCCUAUGUUCCCCAGUUUAAGUUUGGCCUAUGUUCCCCAGUGUAAGUUUGACCUAUAUUCCCUACUAUAAGUUUGGCCGAUGUUCCCCGGUAUAAGUUUGGCCUAUGUUCCCAGUAUAAGUUUGGCCUAUGUUCCCCAGUUUAAGUUUGGCCUAUGUUCCCCAGUGUAAGUUUGACCUAUGUUCCCUAGUAUAAGUUUGGCCGAUGUUCCCCAGUAUAAGUUUGGCCUAUGUUCCCAGUAUAAGUUUGGCCUAUGUUCCCCAGUUUAAGUUUGGCCUAUGUUCCCCAGUGUAAGUUUGACCUAUGUUACCCAGUGUAAGUUUGGUCUAUGUUCCCUAGUAUACGUUUGGCCGAUGUUCCACAGUAUAAGUUUGGCCUAUGUUCCCCAGUAUAAGUUUUGGCCUAUGUUCCCCAGUAUAAGUUUUGGCCUAUGUUCCCCAGUAUAAGUUUUGGCCUAUGUUCCCCAGUAUAAGUUUGGCUCCGGCGACGUUCCGCCAACAAACGAUGUUCUCAGAAAAUCUGCCCGGUGUUCCAGGGAACAUUCGCCGGUCUUCCCGGGGAACCUAUUGGGUGGGACUUUCUUUCGUGCGCCACGCCGGGGUUCCCAGCUCCAUGGACACGUACUCCAACAAUCCAUCGGCCAGGCAGAGAACCGUCUAUGUAAGUCCAUUGUUUCCUGGAUGAGAACAUGCUAGUGCCCGCUUGGUUCGGAAAUAGCAAAACUUGAACAUUUUAAAUAUAACCUUUACAGUAUUUCCAAAUAUUUUUAUGCACACCGUGGGUGGAGAGAAAAGUUGGGUAAAAUAAGAUUGCUGGAGACUAUGUUCGAGCAAAAUAAAUAUUUUUAAAAUUGUAUAGAAAAAGCGCAAACGGUGAUUUAAUAUCACAAAUUUUCCCAGACCUUGAAUGUUUAAUUAAAAAGAUAUGAGAGAAGUUUCAUGUAAGAUACAUGGAGAUAUUAAAAAUAUCUUCAUGCCUAUAUGGAAAUUCAUUAAAUAAAAAAAAAGAGCUUUCUUAAACAACAGUUACUUGAAGAAAAUAGAUAUCAUAUAUUAUAUUGUACUUCUAUUUAUAAUCUGAUAUCAUACAUUAAAUAUCGCACGUCUAGGUUUAAUUUGGUUGUUUCUGUUCAAAUCUGUUUCAGUCCGUGGACCAGAACACUAUCAGGUCCUAUUACCUGAGGUAUGGCAUGAUUGUUGAGUUGGAUGCAACGGGAAAACCGAUAGGAAGUCUCCAUGACCCCACAGGUGAGUGGCCCCUUGAAAUUGACCGUUGACCUGUGUCAUCCACCUGUGUGUCCCACUGAGCUUCUGACAGUCAUGACAAUCUUUUUGUUUCCUGUCUGCCAGCUGUCUCCCCCAGAAUAGCACUUUUUAUAGUACUUUUAGACAUAGAAAAAUAAUAAAUAUGGUCCAAUAACAAUGCCAAAUGAUUUAAUAACUAACCUAUACCUAUCAACGUAUGAUUCAGUGAGCAGACACCAGCUCGCGGUUGUAUUGCACGGUCCAGGUUCACUGACUUUUGUGUCAGAUGGAAGGAGAGAUUGGUCUCUACGAAUUUCAAAUUUCAAUUUUGGAAUUUCAGAAAAAAUAGUCUAUUUAAAAUGGACUAUACCCCACGAUCACAAGAAAUAUAAAAAUAAAAUUAAUAUAAAUUGAUAAUCUAAAUCUAUAAGAAGGAGUUAGUGUCCAUAAGUAGGAGUCAGUCUUUAUAUGUAGGAGUCAGUGUCCAUAAGUAGGAGCCAGUGUCCAUAAGUAGGAGUCAAUGGCCAUAAGUAGGAGUCAGUGGCCAUAAGUAGGAGUCGGUGGCCAUAAGUAGGAGUCAGUGUCCAUAAGUAGGAGUCGGUGGCCAUAAGUAGGAGUCGGUGGCAAAGCUGAGGUUAGUGCCACCCGGGGCGGACCAAUAUUUUUGCCCCCCCCCCCUUUCCACCACAAAAGUUGCCCGAAAGUGUCUUCUCUUCAUAGAAAGAAAAAAAGUGCCCCAUUGUGUGGACCCCCCCACCACUCCUCCAUCCAUCCCCUUUCCUACGCCACUGCCAGGAGUUCUUGUAGUUUUUAGUAAAGUAUAAACUUGUUCAAAUCCCUGCAGGGAAGACAACAAAAUGUAAACCAAGUGUAAACAAAGUGUAAACCAAGUGUAAACAAAGUGUAAAAAAAGUGUAACCAUUGAGUUGAGAUCGACUUUGUUGUCGUCACUUUAAGGGAUAACUUGUAGAUGGAAACGAACAUGUGAAAUUCGGUCAAUGAAACCGUUGCCCACUCAGCACAAACCUUGCCACUGACAGGAAACUACAAACGAGUUGACGUUUAAAUGGGCAAGAAACUAUCCAGCUGAUGUGGAUUGACGGUGGACUUUCAGAAGUCACCUUGACCUUACCUACGUGAUAAAACAUUUGUUUAUGGAGGGCGCUGUUGAUAACUUUGAUUUGUACUCAGUCUUAGUGGCAUAUCCGAGAUCGGGGAAAAAAAGGGGGGGGGGGUGUGAGGAAUGAAGCAGCAUGGUCUAUUAUAAGGUGGUUUAACUUUGACCAACAAUUUUUGGUCUCAAUAUAAGUUUUUUUUUAACGUGGCCCUCUGUUUAUAAAAUUUUUCUACACGCUGAAGAAAAAUCCACCAACCAACCAACAAACCAAACCAGGCAGAUAGAUCGUAUCUGCAACAAGCCUGAACAACUCAAAAGAUGAAGCGGGCCGUAAAACUUUAUGAAAAAGAUAAUAGGACAGCGGGCCGAAAGAUAAUAGGACAGCGGGCCGAAAGAUAAUAGGACAGCGGGGCGAAAGAUAAUAGGACAGCGGCGAAAGCUAUUUCGUCACUUCGCGGUGGGUGUUGGCGGGCUGCCGUGGGCCGUAUGUUGUGCAGGUCUGAUCUACAAGACCAAAUGAAACUUAACCUUUCUCCCUAACAAUCACCUUUAACCGUGAAAGAUAUUUAUUAAGAUCAUGUUCAGCUGUGUGACCUUAGUUGUUCCCCCCCCCCACACACACACACUUCUAAAUACCUUCUAAUACGUAAUUUCAGUUAUAAAUGCAGUGUUAGACUCAGCGCCAAUGGCCAACUCGGUUGCCAAUGGUAACUUCGGGUGCCAAUGCGGGUGCUAAUGGUAAAAUCGGGUGCCAAUGGUAAACUCGGACGCCAAUGGUCAACUCGGACGCCAAUAAGAAACUCGAUUCAACUUCAGCCCAUCGCAUGUCUCUAUUCCAGGUAUGGUUAUCAACUCUAUUUCUGAAGCUGCUGAAAACGAAGGCCUCCUGUACAUCACCUCACCAAGCGUCCCAUACGUCCUGAGAAUUGUGCUGCCCCAAGGUGAUAACAGGGUGGUCACAAUUGACAGUGUCAUACAGGUAAACUAACAUAGUCCGGCAUUUUUUUGUGUGUGAUAAAGUAAAAUAGUGAUACUGAUAAAGUAACAUAACAAUACAGAUAAAAUAACAUAACCAUAAAAGUAAAAUAACAUUGCCAUAUAUGUAAAAUAACAUUGCCAGAAUGAACUGUAGGCUCAGGGGAGUGAGUUGUUUUGUUGCCCCUCACACUAACGACCACGAAGGUGGAGGCACAGGGCCGAAGGUGGAGGCCCAGGGCCGAAGGUCGAGGUACAAGGCUUAAGGUGGAGGCACAGGGCCGAAGGUGGAGGCACAGGGCCGAAGGUGGAGGCACAGGGCCGAAGGUGGAGGCACAGGGCCGAAGGUGGAGGCACAGGGCCGAAGGUGGAGGCACAGGGCCGAAGGUGGAGGCACAGGGCCGAAGGUGGAGGCACAGGGCCGAAGGUGGAGGCACAGGGCCGAAGGUGGAGGCACAGGGCCGAAGGUGGAGGCACAGGGCCGAAGGUGGAGGCACAGGGCCGAAGGUGGAGGCACAGGGCCGAAGGUGGAGGCACAGGGCCGAAGGUGGAGGCACAGGGCCGNUAAAAAAACCCCCCCCCCCCCCCCCCCCCCCCCCCAGUUCUUAUAAAUGUUAAUCGAUGGCUAAAUGCACGUGCAGGUUCUCAGAAGCAGAUGUCAGAUCCCCGAAGACAAACUAGUCGAGGCCAAGGCUGUUCUCACCCAGUACAUCAGCCAACAAACGGGCAACAGCACCAUCACCCCGACCACGAACACGUCACCAACAAGCUUUACGACUGCCACUCCCACCAUCACCGUUUAGUGUCACGUGACGUCCUCCGUGGGGGAACCAAUCAGAAGGAACUUAACGAAGAAUGGUUUUUUUUCCAUUUAAUUAUUAUUAUAAUUUUUUUUUUUUGGAUGCGGAAGUUGUAAUGAAAGAGACGCCAUCAUUGUAGCAAUGAAAAAUAAGCAAUACUUAUGACAUAGAUCUAUAACUUUAUGUGUGAACUUAUAAGAAUAACUUUAUUUUAUGACAUGUCACUUUACGUGUCAACCUAUAAGAAACACUUAUAUUAUGUCACUUUAUGUGUCAACCUAUUUUAAAGUGCAUAUGAACAUACAAACACGUGCCUAAUAUUUGAACUCUUAUGUACAGAUAGUUGGAGUAUGCUCAAAAUCUACUGAUAUUGUGGACUUAAAUUUGUAUAUAAUUCGAUUCAAUUGAUAAAAUUGCUUCAUGAACACGGAACUCGGUUGUUUAGGAGAUAAUGGUAGUUAAGGAAGUAAUGGUUGUGUAGGAGGUAAUAGUUGUUAGUAAUGUUAGGGGGGGGGGCAAUGUUUCCGGUCUUAAUAAUUAUUAAUAACUUACGUCAAGUAUCUAAAAAGUUUUUGUAUGGAAAAGGGGGGGGGGGNGGGGGGGGGGGAAGAGAGAUGAAUUUUUUGGUGAUCGAUUAUGAGGAAGUCUAAAUUUUGAUAUAAAUUGAUGACGAUGAAAAAAGAGGGAAAAAGGGGGGAGGUGGUAAAGAUCGGCCAAAAUUGUGUGACGUCAUUUAUGGAUUGCAAACCUCUGAAUCCCCCACAACGACAACAACAACAACAGCAUAACAACAACAACAAAAACAACAUAACAACAACAACAAGAAUAACUACAACAACAACAACAAUAACUACAACAACAACAAUAACUACAACAACAACAACAACCACAACAAUAACUACAACAACAUCAACAACAAUUACUACAACAACAACAACAACAUCAACAACAACAACAACAACAACAACCCCAACUCAAACAGCAAAAGGAUUGGUUAGUUAAGCACCCUUCUCCUCAAUUAGUUGCUGUAUCAGAGCCCUAUGUGAUUUCUAACUUUUGAACAGUGAUGUCGGCUGACGUCAGAGUUCUCUUCCUUGCUGUUUAGAUUAAUGAUAAAACUAUAAUAACUUUAACAACAAGGAGACAUUGUGAAGUCAUUUUGUUAUAAGAUGAUCCUAAUGAAAAGAAGUUACAACUAAUAUGGUUGUCUCAGAGAGUACGCCACUGGUUGGUAUAAAUGAUUUUAUGUUGAAAUAUGUCUAGCAGCUCAUUGGUCAUAAUCGUGUGCUAAUGGCGAAUAUUUUCAUAAUAUGAGGUGGAUGUUGUUUAACUUACGUGUAAAAAUUAAAUUAGUAAAGAAAUAAAUAUUUGAGUGCAGCGUCUUGUCGUUAAACUUUGUGUUUUUGUUGCAUAAUCUCUCAAAUAAAAAUAACACAUUUUUUUUUAAAAAUUA